AUGGAAUUGACAGACGACUUGGUUUCGCGCGUAGGGCAGCGCCUGCAGCACCUGCAGGCGCUCGCCGCCGCGCGGGCGCCGCCCAAGUCCCCCGCAGUUGCGCCCAACUCCCCCGCAGUUGCGCCCAGAUCCCCCGCUGUAGCUGCGCUUGACGGUCAAGGGGGAAGUGUGUUGGGUUCCCCCGCCCCACAGGUGGGGGAGGCGCAAAGAGCAGACCAAGGGGAACAGGCGGAACAGGACCGUAGCGGGUUGGGCGCAGAUGGCGCAGGGGAUAACGCUGGAGACACGGGACAUGUAUCGCAAACGGGGCAUGCUAUAGCGGACACUGGGCGGAAGGACCAUGAGGGGCCGGAUGGUGGGGGGGAAGCGGGGAAACCCGGCGAAGGGGCGAAUGACGCGCGUGGCGGAGAUAAGGAGGCAGGCGGAGCGGAACAGACAGGGCAAGAGGGCGGGGAGGGAACGGCGUUUCCGGCCGGGGGAGACGCGAAUGGGGGCCUUGUCAAAGAAGCAGGGGAAGCCCCGCGCAGGCUGCGGCGGUUGCCAGCCGGCGGAGAAGCGACAGCGGGGCGCGGAGCCGACUCGUUCGCAGAAGAGAGACCGGGGAACGAGGGGCUGGGGGGGGAAGGGUCGGACGGGAUGGGCGGAGACGGCGGGGACGGCGGAGAGGACGAGGAUUCGGAAGAGGGCGUGGAGAAAGAGGCGAGCCGCAUGCUGUCGUCGCAGUACCGCGGGGUGGUGCCGCAGCCCAACGGGCGGUGGGGCGCGCAGAUCUACGAGAAGCACAGCCGCGUGUGGCUCGGCACGUUCAACGGCGAGGAGGACGCGGCGCGCGCGUACGACCGCGCCGCGCUCAAGUUCCGCGGGAGAGACGCGAUGACGAACUUUCGGCCCAUGCCCGAGUCGCACCCUGAGAUCUGCUUCAUCAUGUCGCAGCCCAAAGAGAAGCUGGUGGACAUGCUGCGCAAGCACACGUUCGACGAGGAGCUCGCCAACGCGAACCUCGCGGAAGCCGCCACGUCUCCGCCUGCGCAGCCCAACGCGCAUGCGCUUGCGCUCCCCGCGCCGUCCGCGCAGCACGGGCAGGGGCAGGGCGCGCUGAUGCUGCCGGCGCAGGGGCAGGCGCAUCCCCACGACCCCCCUUACCCAGGGCAUUCCCCGCUCUCGCUUCCGCCAUCCGCGCAUCUCCACCCCGCCUCCUCCGCCUUCCCCGCCGGUUCCUCCCCCUCUGCGCCGCUCGGCCCAGGUCGCCCCGCGCAGGACGGCGCGGGGACGCCCCUCCGCAUCGUUGGGAGCGCGGGCGCUCCCGCAGGCGCGGGGAUGGGCGGCGGGCGGGAGCUGGGGUUCCCCGCUGCUGACGCGGCGCAGUCAGGCGGAGGGGGUUUCCACGGGGGAGGGGGAGGGGCAGGGGGAGGAGCGGGACCAGGCGGGUACGGCGGAGGGGGCUCCCAGGUGAUGGGGACAGCCGGCGGAGGCGCAACGGGGGGAGGCAUGGGCGGGGCGAUGGGCGGAGGCGGCGGGGGCGGGGGGGGAGUGAGCAUGGCGGGGAAGGAGCAUCUGUUUGAGAAGGCGGUGACGCCGAGUGACGUGGGGAAGCUGAACCGACUGGUCAUCCCCAAGCAGCACGCCGAGCGCUGCUUCCCGCUCGACCCCAACCUGCCCACGCCCGCCAUGACGCUCUCCUUCGAGGACGAAGCUGGCAAACACUGGCGCUUCCGGUACUCGUAUUGGAACAGCAGUCAGAGCUACGUGUUGACCAAGGGGUGGAGCCGCUUCGUGAAGGAGAAGCUAUUGGUCCCGGGGGACAUAGUCUACUUCCACAGGGGCACCGCGGGGGACCUCUUCAUAGGCUUCCGCCGCCGCCCCGCGCAGGGCUUCGCGCCCUCCGCCGCCGCCUCCAGCGGGGGCGCGGGGAACGCGCUGGGUUCCGCGGAUGGUGCGCAAGACGAUCCCAUGGGGCUGCAGGGGAGGUCUUGGCGGAGGCCCUCCCCGCCCCGCCAGGCGGGCGGGGCGUAUGGGGGGUUUGCGGGGGUGAGCGAGAUAGUCCCUGGGGUGGUGAAGGGGUCGGUGCAGGAGCAGCUGGUGAAUGCCGCAGUGGCCAAGGGGUUGGCUGCGGGGCUGUCGAGGGAUCAGAUAGUGUCGUCCAUUGCUGCCCUGCUCGCGCAGCAGCAGGCCAUGCGCAACUCCUCCUCCGCUACAGACAAAGCUGGUGAUGCGCACGGCGCGGCGGCGCCGCAUGGGGACGCCGGCGCGGGCGGCGUGGGGGGGAUGGGCGCGCCGUCGCUGCUAGUAGCGCCUGGGGCAGGCGGGGCAGGAGCGCCAAUGGGAGCAGGGGGGGGAAUGGGGGGGAUGGGGGGAGUGAACUCAGACGGUCACGGGCAAGAGGGGGCAUGGGAGCAGGGCGGUCCCCCCCAGCCUCCCCCCUCCCUGCACCCGCCCCUCUUCCACAUGCCGCAGGCGCUACCUCCCCUGGGUGGCACCCGGCCAGGGGGGUACGGAGGGGCGGGGGGGCUGGCGGGGAGGAAGCGGGCAGCGCCAGAGGACUCAGCAGAGCCGUCAGGGAGUCGGGGGGACGUGGGGGACGGGGGCGCGGACGAUGGCGCGUCCAUGGCGUCUGGCAUGGGCGGGGGGAAGCGCAUGGCGUCCCUUGCUGCUGCUGGCAGCGCGGCUGCUGGCGGGGGUGGCGGGGGGAGUUUCGGGGGAGGUGGUGGAGGGUUAGGUGGGUUGAUGGGUGCGCGAAUGAGUGGGCUUGGGGAUGCGGGUAGAGAGGCCUCUGGCGGCUCUCCGUUUUACCAGCACCAGCAGCAGAACCAGCAGAACCAACAGAUGCCUCAGAUGCAGCAGCAGCAGUCACGGGGAGGGUUCAUGGGAGCAGCAGGUGGUGUGGCAGGUGGAGCAGCAGCAGGCGGUGCAGGGACAGCAGGAGGCGGCGCUGGUGGUGGCGGUGGUGGUUUGGGGGGACGAGGGGGCUCCCCCCCGUCCAGCCUGGGCCCUGAGCGCUCAGGCAACUCCUCCCCCGGUGCUGCAGGCGCGGGCAUGAUGGGGGGCGCGGGGGAUGGCGCAGGGGGAGGCGGAGGGGGAUUGGCGGGGCUGUCAGGUUCGGCAGACGCAGCAGGCAUGGCGGAUAACACAGGGGGAGCGGGCGCACGGGGUGGGGCGGCCGGGGGAGGGGGAGCCGGAAGAACCGGAGGGGCGGGAGAGGAGAGCUUGAGAGUGAAGUGCUUUGUGGAGGGGUCACCGUUCGGUGUGUCGGUGGAUCUGAGCCGGUUCCAGUCGACGCAGGAGCUGAGGGAGGCGCUGCUGUCCGUGACAGAGGGGUCAUCUGUGGUGUACCAGGACCACCCCUUCUUUAGCCUCGUCGCCAUGUCGGAGCUCGAGAUUAGAUUCAAGAAGGCCGCGUACUUGAUCCGCAAUGGCCCGCCGAAUCCCAAGGCGACCACCGACGAGAAGCUCAAGUACUACUCCUAUUUCAAGCAGGCCACCGAGGGCGACGUGAAAGGAUCCCAGCCGCUGUUCAUUCAAUUCGAGGCGCGGCAGAAGUGGGACGCGUGGAACGCGAUCAAGGGCAUGUCGGCGGAGGAGGCGAUGCAGAAGUACAUCGACCUGCUCGCCGCUGACGACCCCAACUGGGAGUCGCACCCCGUGCUCGCUGACUUCAAGCCCGAGUGA